AUGAAACCCAGAAUAUUUGAUAUAGAGAGGCUAGAUAAGGAGACAGUAAUAGUAUUUGAAGCUUCGUCUGAACUGGCAAUCAAAUUUUCCGCCACUGAUAAGUGCAACAUUUACGUAGCAAGUAAUUUGGAACUCUUUGGCGAGUAUACGAAACAAGUGAUUGAACAAAGUAAGAAUAUUAUACACGCUAUCGUUAUUUUCAAAAACUUUAAAGAAUUCUUUAAAGUAUUAUCUUUUCUUCGAAAGAUUGGAGAAGAGGUCAAUGGGCAGAAGCAUCAGAUAGAUCAUAUAAAGCCUUCAAAUCACCCAAUACAAAAUGAAGAGGCAGAAUCUGAAGUGAUAGUCAGUGAAUUGCCCCACGAGUUUGAUACUAUUCAACCGUUUAAAUUAUACGUCAUACUUGAUUCGGCUCUUUUAAAGCCAGAUGUCUUGUCCGACAAUAGUAUCGCAGUUCAGCAAUAUCUCAGAUUUUUUACAUUAAAGCAUAAGGGAAAAAUGAUAGCUUCUUCCAAAAUUGACUUGAUUGUAAACGAACCAAUGGAAUUAAUUGAACAAGGCACCGAACCCAAACUGAUCUACGAUAAUUCCUCUUCAGAUUCGAAUGCGGGUUCAAAGUAUGAUAUAUAUAUCCCAGAAGGCUGGGAUUCGUGGAAGAAGAUAAUGCUUGUAGCAAAAUCAGCCUUAUAUUCGGGUAAGAGACAGAUCUUAAGUUCCGAAGACGACUUUAAAAAACUCGAUGAUAUAUAUUCUGCCUUUUUGAAUUACACAGAUGAUUAUAAUGAUCUUCUUACCUUCAUCGGUGAGUCCGAGACUAAAGCAUCUGAAGCUACAGUACCCCUGGGUGAUAUUACGUUUGAAAUGAUUUUGGAAGCAGCUCAGAAGAACUGA